AUGAAAACACUAUCCAAGGUGAUGGGAGGACAUGUUCUGCUUACUCUUUUCACUCUGAGUAUGCUUUGUUCAGGGGUUAGGGCACAACUAAGCCCCGACAUUUACGCUAAAUCAUGUCCCAAUCUUGUACAAAUCGUCCGUAAACAAGUUAUGAUCGCCCUAAAGGCCGAGAUACGGAUGGCUGCUUCUCUCAUUCGUCUUCAUUUCCAUGACUGCUUUGUUAAUGGGUGUGAUGCGUCUAUAUUGUUGGAUGGAAGCGACAGCGAGAAAUUAGCAAUUCCAAACGUGAACUCUGCGAGAGGAUUUGAAGUAAUUGAUACUAUCAAAGCCGCUGUGGAAAACGCAUGUCCUGGUGUUGUUUCUUGUGCUGAUAUACUCACUUUAGCCGCACGCGACUCGGUUUUCUUGAGCGGAGGGCCUCAGUGGAGAGUGGCACUAGGAAGAAAAGAUGGAUUAGUAGCAAAUCAGAGCAGUGCAAACAAUCUCCCAUCUCCAUUUGAACCUUUAGACGCUAUUAUUGCCAAGUUUCUAGCUGUAGGCCUUAAUGUCACUGACGUUGUAUCGUUAUCAGGAGCUCACACCUUUGGACAAGCUAAGUGUGCUGUCUUCAGCAACCGUCUCUUCAACUUUACCGGUGCGGGAACACCGGACGCAACACUUGAGACAGUACUCUUGUCUGAUCUGCGAACAGUUUGUCCCGCGGGAGGGAAUGGAAACCAAACCGCUCCACUUGACAGGAACUCUACGGACGCCUUCGACAACAACUAUUUCAAGAACCUACUCCAAGGGAAAGGUCUUUUGAGUUCGGAUCAGAUUCUGUUCUCGAGUGACUUGGCUGUGAACACAACAAAAAGACUUGUGGAGGCUUAUAGUCAGAGCCAAUACUUGUUCUUCAGGGACUUCACUUGUUCGAUGAUCAGAAUGGGAGGUAUUACGAAUCUUGUGAAUGGAUCUAGUGGGGAAGUUAGGAAAAACUGCAGGGUUAUUAAUAAUUAG